AUGGCUGGUACGAUGAAGUGGACUUGGGAGGAGAACAAAGCUUUCGAGGUUGCACUCGUGCAAGUCCCGGAUUCGCCGGCAAAGCUGGAGAUUAUCGCUGCACAAAUGAGAACGUCGGUGGAUGAGAUCAAAUACCACUACGAUAAGCUGCUCCAAGAUAUUGCUGUUAUCGAAUCCGGCAGAGAUGUUGUGCCCGAGUACUCACCACGUUCAGCGACGCCGAUAGUGGCGAAGAAGGGAACUCGUUGGUCAGCCCAAGAACACGAAUCAUAUGAUGAAUCUCUCAUCUGA